UUACGACAAAUCUCUAUACUAGCAGGAUUGGCAAGAGGAAUGGCUGUUCAGCAUGAUUUCCCCAAAAAUUGAUUACAUAUCAUACAGAUGAUCCGGCCCAUAGCAUAUUUGAUUCGUGUGAAGGAGCAAUUGACGGUUUCUACGCUGAAUUGAAAUCCAGCAAGUCAUUGUUUCAUAAUACCCGAAAAGCAUCGUAAACAGAAGAGGAUUCCAGGAUGGCCUCGGCUCUGGUUGACAGAGCUUUAGGAGCCAUCAUUGGAUCAGCUGUAGCUGAUGCAGCUGCUCAACCACUCCAUUGGGUGUAUGAUCUGCAAAAGUUGGCAGAACUUCUAGCUAAGGAACCCUACCCAGAGUUCCGGCCUCAGUCUGCCAACCCCUUCUACAAGAGGGAAACAGGCUCACAGAGUUGUUAUGGAGACCAAGCAUAUGUGCUGUUGGAGUCACUGUCUGAAUGUGAAGGUCUGAAUGUUGAUGACCUUAGGAAGCGGACAUACAAAUUCUUUGGACCUGGGUCAGAGUAUGACACCCCUGUCAAUAACCCCUAUAGAGAGAAAGGAGGACCACGACCAGAACUGCCCAUUGAUGGACCAUGGAGACAAGCAAGUUUAAAAAGCUUCAUCAAGAAUGUGGAUGCAGGCAAGGAAGAGACAGGCUGUGAUACAGAUUUCCAGAUAGAUGGAAUAGCAAAAAUGGCUCCUGUUGUGGCUUUUUAUGCGGGAAAGCCAAACAUGCUGGAGAAAGUUGAGGAUGCGAUUCGUGUCACUCAGAACAGUGAUGAAUGUGUAGCUGAGACUCUCGCAGCAGCCAGGUUCCUGGAGUAUUUUAUCCUGAACGGUCCUGAUCCAAAUGCAGUGGAUUCUGUGCUUGAUCAGCUGACUGACCCAGAGAGGAAGCAACCCCAGGACCUGGACAAAGCUGUGGUUGGGCACAUUUAUCAAGUAAAAGAGAAUUUAUCCAAGAGUCCCCAGGAACUGAUCCCUGCUGUGUUUACAAACGCAUGAGGUUUGCCUGGUGCAUUCCAAGCAGCACUGCAUGGGAUCCUGACUGCCAAGGGGUAUGAGCAGGCUGUCAGAGACACCAUGCGCUGCGGGGGAUGCACCUGUAGCAGAAGCUCCUUUAUUGGGGCUUGUCUUGGGGCUCAGUUUGGGCUUCAGGGAAUUUCUAACUCAUGGAAGACCAAGACUCUUCGUUAUAACAAUCUGCUCUUACAUGCAAAGAAGGUUACAAGUCACCACCAAAUGUAGUCACACUUUUUCUUCAAUGUAAUUGUAACAUUUACAAGUGUUUCAAACGGUUCUAUGAGCAUCUUUGGUUACAUUAAAUUUAACAAAACACUACAUGAAAGAUCUUGCCUAAACUACAGUCGGGUUUGAGCUGGAUGAGUGUGUUUAUGUUAAAUCUCAAUUGUACCGAAGAUGUUGCUACUUGUGAAUUAAAUAAAAAAAACUAACCCAUCUUUAA